AUGGGACCUGCCGUUGGAACCACCGUGCUUGCUCUGCUAUUGGCAGUCGCAGCAGCCUCCGAGGCCGAAAACAGCGCGUUUCGUCCGCAGCAGAGCCUGGACCUUCUCCGCCUGCUAAUGGAAAAGCCCUGGAUCGGCAUGGGCCCUCACCAUCGCUGGGACCGACCACCGCGUAUUGAAGUAGACCCGGAUGACCGGAAUUAUGCGGAUGACGUCAUCAGGAGUGCAAGCGAGAAGCGGUCAGCGGUGGCGACGGCACUGAACGCGGGGCGGCGGCGUCGCCAGCCGGCGCCCGCGCUUGGUAAGGCAGUCACGCCGUAUGUCGGCGUCGGAGUCCUUAACGACAUGGGAACCUUCUUCGACUCUCUGCGAGACAACUUAGAGACUCUGGCUUCCCUCUCGCCUGAACAACGGUCUACGCUCUUCCAGGAACCCCCUACUGUUGUGCACGCACCCUCCUCUGGUGUAAUCGACGACAAGUGA